GAUAAUUUAUUUUUCAAAACGCCAUUGCUCUGCUUUCUUCUUCUUCUCCUUCUCCUUCAUCAUCUUGCUAGAUUCUCCACACAAAAACAAAAACAACGACAUGUCGUUCAUGGCAACAGCGGCGAAGGUGCCGCCAAAUUCGGCAAGCCUAGCGGAAGCAAGAGGAAAAGUGUUUGAUUUCUUCAGAAGCGCUUGCCGAGCAAUCCCAUCAAUAAUGGAUAUCUAUAAUUUACAAGACGUCGUCACUAAGCCUCAGAUCCGAUCCACCAUCGCUUCUGAGAUCCGAAAACACUCUAAUUUAUCCAAUCCCAAGGUGAUUGAUAUGCUCAUUUUUAAAGGAACGGAAGAGCUGAACAACAUCUUGGAGCAUGCAAAGCAGCGCCAUCAUCUUAUCGGCCAAUAUGUAGUGGGUCAGCAUGGACUUACGCAGGAUGUGGACACCAAGGAUCAAGGAAUGUCGGAGUUCCUCAAGAACUUUUACAAGAGCAACUACUUCUAAACUUUAAUGUUGUGGAUGUGCCUUUCUCUCUCUUUCCCAUUUGGGUAUGGAUUUCUAGAAUAAUAAUAAACUUUGCUUUCAUGAAUCUCCUCGUGGAUAAAUUACUUUUGUAGCUACGGUUCAGUAACUGAAACCAUGUUUAUUAUUAUUACCUUUGUGAAUUCUUAUUAGAUUUAAUGAAUUAAAAUUGUAUCUUUCAAUUUUAGUGGAAA